AUGGGUGAGGACGGGUCUCCGCAGUCCGUGGAGACGAAGACGGCGCCGCCGAUGUUGAGGACGUUCGCGAUGGUGUUCAAGCACGCAGAUGCAGUGGACGUUGCGCUGAUGGUGGUGGGCCUGGUGGGCGCCAUCGGCGACGGCAUGUCCACGCCGGUGAUGCUGGCCAUCACCAGCCGCGUCUUCGACGACGCCGGCAGCGGCCCUGAUCAUCUCCAGCAGUUCGUCCCCAAGAUGAAUGAGAACGUGAGGUAUACCCUCUACUUGGCUGCCGCACACGGGAUCACGGCGUUCCUAGAGGGGUACUGCUGGACGCGGACGGCGGAGCGGCAGGCGUCGCGGAUGCGGCUGCGAUACCUGCGGGCGGUGCUCCGGCAGGACGUGGAGUACUUCGACCUCAAGGCGGGAUCCACGUCGGAGGUGAUCACCAGCGUCUCCAACGACAGCCUCGCCGUGCAGGACGUGCUGAGCGAGAAGCUGCCCAACUUCGUGAUGAACGUCACCACGUUCUUGGCCAGCUACGCCGUCGCGUUCCUCCUGAUGUGGCGGCUCACGCUGGUGGCGCUCCCAUCCGUGCUGCUGCUCAUCAUCCCCGGCUUCCUCUACAGCCGCGUCCAGAUCAGCCUGGCGCGCCGGAUCAGGGAGCUGUACACGCGCCCGGGCGCCAUCGCCGAGCAGGCCGUCUCGUCGGUGCGCACCGUGUACUCGUUCGUCGCCGAGAGGUCCACCGCGGCGCGGUUCGCCGCGGCGCUGGACGAGUCGGUGCGGCUCGGGCUCAAGCAGGGGCUCGCCAAGGGCCUUGCCCUCGGCAGCGGUGGCAUCCGCAUCGCCAUCUUGGCCUUCACCGUUUGGUACGGCAGCCGCCUCGUCAUGUACAACGGCUACAAGGGCGGCACCGUCUACAACGUCGCCCUCGUCAUCGUAUUCGGAGGCGGAGCACUGGGGACGGCCCUGUCAAACAUCAAGUACUUGUCGGAGGCGAGCGCUGCGGCAGAGAGGAUCAUGGAGCUGAUCAGGCGGGUGCCCAAGAUAGACUCAGAAAGUGGCGCCGGCGAUGUGCUGGACAACGUCACCGGCGAGGUCGAGUUCAGGAACGUGGAGUUCUGCUACCCGUCGCGACCCAUGAGCCCCAUCUUCGUCAACUUCAGCCUGCACGUGCCGGCCGGGCGCAUGGUGGCGCUGGUGGGCGACAGUGGGUCAGGGAAGUCGACGGUGAUCGCGCUGCUUGAGCGAUUCUACGACCCGUUGGCUGGGGAGGUGACCCUGGACGGCGUGGACAUCCGGCGGCUGCGGCUCAAGUGGCUGCGCGCGCAGAUGGGUCUCGUCAGCCAGGAGCCGGCGCUGUUCGCGACGUCGAUCAGGGAGAACAUCCUGCUCGGCAAGGAGGACGCAACGGAGGAGGAGGUCGUCGCCGCGGCGAAGUCGGCCAACGCCCACAGCUUCAUCUCGCAGUUGCCGCGGGGAUACGACACGCAGGUGGGUGAGCGUGGUAUCCAAAUGUCUGGAGGGCAGAAGCAAAGGAUUGCUAUUGCUAGAGCAAUCUUAAAGUCACCCAAGAUCCUCCUCCUUGAUGAAGCUACUAGUGCAUUAGACACUAAUUCAGAGCAUGCGGUCCAGGAGGCACUUGACCUGGCCUCCAUGGGCCGAACUACUAUUAUCAUUGCACAUCGACUCUCCACCAUACGAAAUGCUCAUUUGAUUGCUGUCAUGAAGUCUGGUGAGGUCGAGUUGGGCUCCCAUGAUGGGCUCAUUGCCAAUGAGAAUGGCCUUUACUCAACUCUUGUCCACCUUCAACAGACCAGAGAUCCAACUGAGACUACCGAGGUUUGUGAGACUAGAAAUGCAUAUGUCAUGUUGCAAUCAAACAACCAAAGUAGGGGUUUCUCUGCAGCAAGUAGGUCGAUCUCAACAAGGUCAAUGGGUGAUACAAAAGACAAUGGUAACAUAGAGAAUCCAAAGCUUCCUGUGCCAUCCUUCAAGAGGCUACUAAUGCUCAAUGCACCAGAGUGGAAGCAGGGGUUGUUGGGGAGCUUUAGUGCAGUUGUCUCUGGAGGCAUACAACCUGCAUUUUGCUAUUUCAUGGGCAGCAUGAUUUCGAUCUACUUCUCUACAGAUCAUGAAGAGAUCAAGGAGAAAACAAGGACCUACGCACUUAUCUCCAUCGGCCUUGCAGUGCUCACGUUCAUGGUUAAUAUUGGGCAACACUACAAUUUUGCUUCCAUGGGGGAAUACCUCACCAAGAGGGUCAGAGAACAGAUGCUCGCUAAAUUUCUCACUUUCGAGAUUGGGUGGUUUGACCAUGAUGACAACUCUAGUAGUUCCAUUUGCUCACGGCUUACCACUGAUGCCAACAUUGUGAGGUCGCUUGUGGGUGAUCGAAUGUCUCUAGUGAUCCACACAGUUUCAUCUGUUCUAACUGCCUACAUCAUGGGUCUGGUGAUUGCUUGGCGUUUAGCAAUUUUGAUGAUUGCAGUGCAGCCAUUUAGCAUUAUCUGCUAUUAUACUCGCUAUGUCUUAUUAAAGAGCAUGUCUGAGAAAUCAACACAAGCACAAGCCGAAUGUAGUAAGCUAGCUGCUGAGGCCGUCUCUAAUCUUCGAACCAUAACUGCUUUCUCAUCCCAGAACCGCAUCAUGCGCCUGUUUGACGAAGCACAAGAAGGUCCAUGCAAGGAAAGCAUAAGACAGUCCUGGUUUGCAGGUAUUGGCCUCGGCACCUCCACAAGCCUUUUGAGAUGCACAUGGGCACUCACCUUCUGGUAUACUGGCAUACUCCUGGCUGGGCACCACAUUAAUGCAAAGGACUUCUUCCAAACCUUUCUAAUUCUAAUAAGCACAACAUUGGUGAUAGCAGAUGCAGGUAGUAUGACAGCAGAUCUUGCUAAGGGUGCUGAUGCAGUUGCUUCAGUGUUUGCCGUUCUUGACAGGGAAACGGAAAUGGAUCCUGACAGCCCUGAGGGAUACAAACCAGAAAAGCUCAAAGGUGAAGUGGACAUUAGAGGAGUUGAUUUUGCAUAUCCAUCAAGACCAGAUGUGAUCAUCUUUAAGAGAUUCUCCUUGAGCAUCCAACCAGCUAAGUCAACAGCACUUGUUGGGCAAAGUGGUUCAGGCAAAUCAACCAUCAUUGGGCUUAUAGAGAGGUUCUAUGACCCAACUAGCGGGGCAGUUGAGAUCGAUCGUAAAGACAUCAAAGCAUACAAUCUUCGUUCCUUGCGACAGCACAUUGGGCUAGUCAGCCAAGAGCCAACACUAUUUGCAGGUACCAUUAGAGAGAACAUUGUGUAUGGCACAGAAGCAGCUAGUGAGGAAGAAAUUGAGAAUGCGGCAAGGUCAGCAAAUGCACAUGACUUCAUUAGCAACCUCAAGGACGGAUAUGAGACAAGGUGUGGUGAGCAAGGUGUUCAACUGUCUGGAGGACAGAAGCAACGCAUUGCAAUCGCCCGUGCAAUAUUGAAGAACCCUGCUAUCUUGCUACUAGAUGAAGCUACUAGUGCAUUGGACAGCCAGUCUGAGAAGGUGGUCCAAGAAGCAUUGGACCGAAUGUUGGUCGGCAGGACAAGUGUAGUGGUGGCACAUAGGCUGAGCACAAUUCAAAACUGCGACACGAUUAUUGUGCUUGAGAAAGGAGUUGUUGUGGAGACAGGCACACAUGCAUCCCUCAUGGCCAAGGGUCCCGCUGGAACAUACUUUGGAUUAGUUAAUUUGCAGCAAGGAGGCAACCAGGUGAACAACGCUAUGUUUUUGCAAGAGAACACAUCAAUUCCUGAUUUGCAGCCUUAA